CUCUUCGCCUCCCUCGUCAGCUCACUUCACCUACCUCCGCCCUUCCUCCCCGUUUCCUCGAGGGCGCAACUCAUCUUCUUCUCCUCGAGUUGCCGACCCAUUCGCCCGUUUAAUCGCUGCUUCGCCUUUUGUCUUGUACUAUGACACAGAUAUAGACAGGAGAGAGAACCCGCCCUUCACGCCCGCUUCCUCUCCUCCGCCCUUGGCUCCUUCAGUUAUCCUUGCCCUUGUCUCAUCGUCUUGCAUCGUGUCUCUGGCAGUUGUUGCUGGUGGCGCGCCCUCGAUUAUCCGCGCCUCCAUCACAUUGUCUUGCCCUUGGUUCGACCGGCCCGCGUACAGCAUUUCAAAGCCACGCGCCAAGCUCCACCCAAAGAUUACGCAUUCCUCCUUGUAUACCAUUACGUCCCCUGACGGCCUUCCGCCCAACUUACAGCUAGGCGCUUCAAUGUGCUCGACCUAAUUCUUAAUACCAUAAUCUGUCCGACACCACGGCGGAGUCUGGUACCCGCCGGCUUGCCUGAGUUUGAACCUAUCGAGGCCGACAAACCACCAACCGCAUUUGUUCCGAGCGAUUUUCCAUUAUUCGGGAUCUAUUGCCUGUCAACCUGGCAUUGCAUUGUCUAUUUGGCACAGGACCCGAAUCUAUCACCCAUUCGGUUGACCUGGCACUCCCGCCCGGAAUCGAGUUGAAAGCGCCCACACCCCUCCGACGGUUCUACUUUCAUCAGCAUUGCAUCGACCCCUCGCCGUUUCAAUCGCUGGUUGACGCCACGCGUGCUCGCCUAUCAUCCUAUUUAAUUAUACGAUGCGUUCGGCUAUCUUGGUCCACCUUUCGCUACUCUUCACGUCCACUCAUGCUUUCUUUUAUUGGCCCAGUCCGGAUUGUCUGGCCAACGGAGACUGCACGUUGCCAACAAGGAGGCAGUUAAAUGAUCAAGAUGCCCUCGGGUGGGAUGGAGUAGAAGAGUCCUCGAUCGAAGGCCCCGAACCCCAAAGAGUUGCUCGCGAGGUCCGACGGCUUGUCCGCAAGUAUGCGAGGUUCCAAUCUGCCGCCGUCCGUGAGAACGCAUCCAAGUCGAAGAGAGAGAGUCAGUACCGAAUCAUCAAGGCUGCCGAUACCACCCUAAAGAACGCUGCCAGCGUAGCUCAGGAUGGCACCGACUUCUCUUACUUUGCUCAGGUAAAACUUGGUAACAAAGAGAAGCCCCUGUGGAUGCUCAUGGACACCGGAGCAGGUACGAGUUGGGUAAUGGGUUCGUCUUGCAAGUCUUCGGCAUGCGAGAAGCACGGCUCGUUCGGCCCAGCCGAUUCCGGCACGUACAGGCCCAACGGCGAGGACUUUUCCGUCUCAUACGGAUCUGGCGCCGUCAAGGGUGAAAAGGUUACCGACACCGUGUCUUUUGCGGGUAUGAAGCUCGACUUCGGGUUUGGUGUCGCCAACGAGACCUCGGAGGACUUUAAUCACUUCCCCUUCGACGGCAUUCUAGGACUUUCCAUGGCGGGCGGAGAGACGGAAAACUUUAUGCAAGUCGUCAAGAAUUCGACCCAGCUUCCUGCCAACAUCUUUUGCGUGUACCUGAACAGGGCUGCGGAUGGACCCAACACGAGCGAGAUCAGUUUCGGUGUGUGCAACCCUGACAAGUAUACUGGCGACAUUACCUACACUGGGGUUGGGAACGACCUCGGUGACUGGGCAGUUCCUCUGGACGGUAUUGCAUAUGAUGGUCUCAAGUCUGGCGCAGCGGGCAAGCUCGCUUACAUUGACACUGGUACCUCUUACGUCUUUGGGCCCAAGGACGAUGUCGCUUUGUUCCACAAGAACAUCCCUGGAUCUACUGCGGAUGAGGAGGGCACAUCGUACAAGGUGCCGUGCGAUAGCGACAAGGACGUAACAUUCAGCUUUUCCAACGUCAGCUAUGUCAUUUCCGCCAAGGAUUGGAGAGGUGGCCCUGGCAAGGACGGAACCUGCACAAGCAACAUCUAUGGCCACGAGGUUGUGGCUGGCGCUUGGCUCUUGGGAGACGUCUUUCUCAAGAACGUUUAUGCCGUUUUCGAUAAGGACCAGAAACGCAUAGGAUUUGCGAAGAGAGUCGACCCACCGCCAGUUACGACCACGACAAGCAUUGACUCUACGGCCACCCCACCAGCGGUCAACAACCCCGGCCAGGGGGACGCCGUGCCGACAUCCGGGCCCGCACUCGGGUUGGGCGGUCACGAAACUGCAACUGGCGAGGCUGCUGCUGCGGAAACCUCGCCGGUAUCCCAGUCGGGUGCGGCAUCGUCUGCUGCCCUCACGAGGGUGAAGGCGGCUGCUGCCGCUUCCUUGUGUGUGGCUGCCUUGCUGGGGUUACACUAAGUAGUUUUUGUUUUUGAUUGAAGCGAACCCUAGAUGGGAAGUUGGUUUAUCUUGCGUGCACAUAAUACCCCCAAGGGACCGAAACAGACGGCCCCCUACAAUAAGGCCAUUGUAGAUAUAGUUACAAUUAGUAAUGGUAAACAAAAGCGUCUGAUUCUUCUACGG